UCCCGCGCUCUGGCGCCCUCUCUUGGAGCAGCGCGGUGACGAUCAGAAUCUAAGAUGGCGUCCAGAGAAACAAGCAGCUGCUGGUGUUAGUGACGCUACCGGAGGAACUCACCGACAGGAAGCUGCCAUGAGGCUGUGAAGUGGUGACCUGGCCGUUCUCUCUGUGAGGAGGAGAUGGCAGCUGAACUCCUCUCCACCAGCCUCCCCCACGGCAACGAGGAGGAGGAGGAGGUGGAGGCCAAGAGGAGCUUCAUGGUGCUGAGCGACCCGGAGUCCACGUCCCAGACCUUCUGUGAGCGAGACGCCGAUCAGACUAAUGGCAGCAUCAAUGGCAGCGAGGAGAGAAACAGCUGGCAGGCAGCACACCCCACCCUCAGAGAGAGGAACGCGCUGAUGUUUAACAACGAGCAGAUGGCCGACGCCCACUUCAUCGUGGGUCCUCCAGGAGAAACUCAGAUGGUUCCUGCUCAUAAGUACGUCCUGGCAGUGGGCAGCUCGGUGUUCGGAGCCAUGUUUUAUGGAGAUCUGGCCGAGGGACGAUCUGAGAUCCACAUCCCUGACGUGGAGCCGACAGCUUUCCUCAUCCUGUUAAAGUACAUGUACAGUGACGACAUCGAGCUGGAGGCCGACACCGUGCUCGCUACCCUCUAUGCUGCAAAGAAGUACAUCGUUCCUGUUCUGGCGAAGGCGUGCGUGACCUUCCUGGAGACGAGUCUGGAGGCAAAGAACGCCUGCGUCCUGCUGUCUCAGAGCUGUCUGUUUGAGGAGCCGGAGCUGAGGCAGCGCUGCUGGGAGGUGAUCGAUGCUCAAGCUGAGCUCGCUUUGCGUUCUGAAGGUUUCAGUGAGAUCGACAUGCCCACGCUGGAGGUGAUCCUGCAGAGAGACACCCUCAAUGUCCCUGAGGUGGUGGUCUUCCAGGCAGUGCUGAGCUGGUCAGUGGCUGAGUGUCAGCGGCAGAGCCUGGCUGUGAACCCCAGGAACCAGCGUGAGGUGCUGGGUAAGGCUCUGUACCUGGUCCGGAUCCCCUCCAUGACGCUGCAGGAGUUUGCAGACGUAGCGGCGCAGUCUGAAAUUUUAACACUGAAAGAGACCCGCGACAUCUUCCUGUGGUUCACCGCCUCCAACAAACCUCGACUGGACUUCCCUCUGGUGAAGCGGGCUGGCCUGGCGCCACAGAGGUGCCAUCGCUUUCAGUCCUCGGCCUACCGCAGUAACCAGUGGCGCUACAGGGGGCGCUGUGACAGCAUCCAGUUUGCGGUGGACAAGAGAAUCUUCAUUGCUGGACUGGGCCUGUACGGGUCGAGCAGCGGGAAGGCAGAAUACAGCGUGAAGAUUGAACUGAAGAGGCAGGGAACCAUUCUGGCCCAGAACCUCACCAAGUUCCUGUCGGACGGGUCGAGCAGUACGUUUCCUGUGUGGUUCGAACAUCCGGUCCAGGUGGAACCGGACACGUUCUACACAGUCAGUGCCGUCCUGGACGGAAAUGAGCUCAGUUACUUUGGACAGGAGGGGAUGACCGAGGUGCAGUGUGGGAAAGUGACCUUCCAGUUCCAGUGUUCAUCGGAUAGUACCAAUGGGACUGGAGUGCAGGGGGGUCAGAUCCCUGAGAUGGUCUUUUACUGCUGAAACAUCUGUUAGCACUGAUUAUUCUGACUGAUGUGUUGUCGUAGGACUGGAAUCUGAAGCUGGUUUCAGACUCCAGGUCAGAUCCAGAGAUCGUCUCCAGAGAUGGUGUUUCACAGCUGAACGACUCAGCAGCAUGUUUUCUGCACAGACUCGAUCAGCAUCAGAUCCUCCUCGUGGUUCAGGUGAGAGGUGGAGCAGCCGGGUGCAGCAGACACACACAGGAAGUGACUGGUACCUCUGCUGCAGAGGUCAUGUGAUCAUGUUUACAUCACCUGACACGUCGUCAGCUCUGAUCAACACAAACUUCAUGUUUCAUCACUUCUUCACCAGAGACAUUUGUUUUAGUUUCUUCAUGUUUGUGACCCGUGUUAGAAGCUGCUUCCCCCCCACCCCCCCACUCACUCAGUGGAUCAGUGGAGGAUCCUCUGCUGUUCACACUGCUCCUGGAGUUACACUUUAUUCAGGAGCUCAGGAGGAGGAUGAGGAUGAGGAGGAGGAGGAGGAACUGAGUGUGGUCCUCCAGAGAAGAUCCAGAGCCCUGAGGAGCUUGAUUGGACCUGUGUUAUAGGACUGAAGAUGAUUAGCUCUUUGUUUUGUUGGUGCUGUUGAAAGGAAAUGACUCUGAACAUUAAAGUGACUGAAACUAAAA